GAAAUCGCAGCGAAAGCGGAUAUGGAGCAGUACUUAAACAAAAACAAUGCCGGUACGGCUUCUUAAUGAAAAUUUUGUGUGUAAUAUUUUUCUUAUACAUUCUGCUCUAAAGAUGUCUUACUGGACAUACAUGUUCUGUUGCUAUGAAUAAGGGAAAUCCGAGUGAAUAUGACUGAGAUGGAUACGACGGACUCCCCUGUUAUCACAUCUUUACCUCAGAGUGAUAAAAAUGAAAUGCAAACUGAAAAUAAUAUAGACAGUCUUAUAGAGGCUGAUGAUCUCAUGACUCUCCCCAAAACAGAAAGAGAUAAAGGGACAAAGCUGAAAAAGACUCCCUCAGAAGACCAUGUAAACCCAAAAUAUCUUCCUGUUCAAAACCUUAAAGUGUUGGAAGACAGUGACCAAGAAGACGUGCGUGAAUUUGUUGUGACCAUGUUAGCUCGAGGAAAACUGGAAGAGCAGGGUGUGUGCACAAAGAGAACUUCGUCCCCUCUCUCAGAAACUCCCCUAGAAGCUUCCUCUCACUGGGACGAGGAUGUGACUGCAGAAAGUUGGCGACAGCAUCGGAAGCAUGUGUUUGUUCUGAGUGAGGCUGGGAAGCCCAUCUACUCUCGCUAUGGCAGUGAAGAAGCCCUCUCCUCCACCAUGGGUGUCAUGAUGGCUCUGGUGUCCUUCAUUCAGAGUGGGGACAAUGUCAUUCGUUCUGUCUACUCAGAUGAGCAUACAGUGGUCUUCAUGCAGCAGGGGCCUCUGGUGCUUGUCUCUGUCUCUAGCACCCAUCAAUCUGAACAGCAGCUACGCAAUGAACUGCUUUAUGUCUAUAAUCAGAUUGUGAGCAUGCUCACCCAAGCCAGCAUCACCCGCAUCUUUGAGCACAAGAAGAACUACGACUUGCGCCGCUUGUUAGCUGGCUCAGAGAAAAUCCUAGAUGGUUUACUAAACCUAGUUGACUUUGACCCUAGUUUCUUGCUCUCAGCUGUGCACUGUCUACCUAUUGCUUCUUCAUUCAGGGACUCCCUUAGCCAGAUACUUCAGAAAGCCAUCACUCCCAACUUGGUCUUCUCUAUCCUCAUUGCCAAGAAUCAGCUGCUCACCAUUGCACAGGAGAAGAUGGUGAUUGAGGAUGCCAAGCUGGAUCCUGCUGACCUCCUCCUGCUUCUCAACCUUAUUGGUGCCUCCUCUGCGUUUCAGGCCGGUGAGAUCUGGACCCCAAUCUGCCUCCCCAGCUUUAACCCUGAUUGUUAUUUUUACGCCUACAUAUCCUACUUGGACCCACCCAAGUGCACCGUGUGCCUUCUGCUGCUCUCCACAGACAAUGAGGCAUUUUAUGCAGUAGCCGAGUGCAAGAGGAAGAUUGAGGAAGCCAUGCAGGCCCAAAAUGCUCUGACCUCCAUUGCCAAAGCUCAGUCCUACAGUGUCAGUCAGGUGGGAGUGUCUGAUCUUCGGCACUUUAUGUACAAGCCUUUUGAUGUUCCAGACAACCACCAUCAGCUAACACAGUUCACCAGCCCAGAGAUGGAAGCUCCUUAUGACAGUGAGGAGGAGAAGAUGAGGCUGCUGGACCUUUACAGAGACAUGCAUGGCCGCAUGCACAACACUUCACGCCCUCUUAAACUCAUCUACCAUGUGGCUGCACGAGAGACCCUGCUGGCCUGGGUUACCACCAAAUUCGAGCUGUAUACUUGCUUUAGCCCUCUUGUAACAAAGUCGUGUGCCAUCAAUGCUAUUACAAAACUGCUGCGGUGGGUGAAGAAAGAGGAGGACCGUCUCUUUAUACGAUAUCCCCCGAAGUACUCAACCACACCCAAUGCAAGCAAAAGCUAAGAAUUAUUGUACCCAAUAAUUGUACCUAAUAACAAUGUCCUCCAUGUCAGACCUGAUGCUCUGUUUCUUAUGAAUGAUGCUGAGCACUAAAGUUUGCCCAAUACUUCAGCAGCACUGCAGAAGUCUUUACUGUUAAUAAAGAAUAUAAUGUUUGGCGUAUUACAGUCCUAACUUAACAUAUCUUUGGAUGGCAGAUGGUAAGUGCUUGGGGGUGUCCCCUUCCUUCCUUCCUUCCUUCCUUCCUUCCUUCCUUUUUCCUCCUCCUUCUUUCCUUGGGCAUUUUCCUUUCACUCAGUAUUUGAAAUAAUGAUACCAUGGAGCCUGAAUUAUUUGAUUCAUGAUUUUUAUUAGAACAGGGGCUGAAAUGGUGUGUUCUGUCUCGAGGUUAACAUAAUUUAAUUUGAAUCAUUUAAAUAGCAGCAUUGUGUAAUUCAAAAAUUGCUCAAACUGUAUUUUUAUUCUCAAACCUUUUUUCAUGUUCUAUAAAAUUGAGUUGUAUGGCAGUUGACUAGUUUAAGAACAAAAUUGAGUUAUUUUUAGAGACACCAAGAGUGGUCACUAGGCUUGUGCAAGAUCAAGAAUAUUAUUGUCCCUAUAUUGCCACAAUAUUUAGUGAUGUUUAUUGCAAAUUAUAUUUGGGAUAUUACCACACCUGCUGACUGACAUGUAGGAAUAAAAAAAAAAAAAAGAUUAAAUAGGACUGUCAAAUCCAACACUUAACAAAUAAUGUUAAUUGUAAUGAUCAUUAGAAAGUGUUUUAAAUACACAACUCCCCCCCCCCCCCCCCCCCCCCAAACUGGUACUUUGCUUCUCAACAUUGCGAUGCAUAAAUGGAGAUAACAUUGGCCAUGUGACAUUAAGACAACUGAUUUUCUAAAAGCAUUGCACUGGAAUAUUUUUUUUUUUAAAUUAAAAAAAAAAAAAGUUUACUGUGCAUUACUGCAGAAUCACUUAAAAAUCCCCCAUCCACCUGAGUGUUCGCAAGUGCCACAGUUCCAAACUUCACAGCUGGUAAUCUUACACCUCCCCUACUAUUUUUAAACUGGAAAGUGUGGAAAUAUUUGUAGGGAACCCACCCACCCACAGCCUAAGGCAGGGGUCGGCAACCCUCGGCACGCGUGCCAGUACUGGCACGCAGAGGAAUUUCCAGUGGCACACUGACGAUGAUACACAAACCUAAUUAUGGCCACACCAAUUCAAUUAGUUGGUUCUCGGAAUCGGCACUUGAAGAAAAUGCAAAAUGAAAAAAAAAAAUCGAAAUCAAACUCCCGCCAACAGAAAAGGUCACGUGACAUCGAAAACCAAUCAAAUCGCCCCUUUCACUUUCGAUAAAGACUUGUGGAAGAAACAUGCCUGUGGAGGGGAGUCCUGCAAAGCCUGUGUUUGUGAUAUUCAGCAAACAGAAGCAUAAAAUCUUUGACAGGUGUGUUGAAAUUCUGUUUACUGAUUUGCCUGUAUUGUUUGGUCUAUUUCCACCGCUAAUUUUAUCAUCAGAGCAUUUUUUUUUUUUAAAUUUAAUUUUUAUUUCGCCCGCUCGCUUCAUAUUUUUCCUGAAAAAAAUCUGAGAACCAACUAAUUAAAUUGGUGUGGUCUAUUCAACACAUUAAAAAUGUUCAAAUGUCAUCUUGAACUGUCAUUGGCUGUUGCAUGGCGAGCCUGCUCUUUUAGCAUGACUACAAGACAAUAUAGCAUCCCCCUCCCCAUAUUUCUCACAAGAUGGGCCCACUUGAUGCAGCAGUUGCGCUAAGAUGGCAAAGACGACGACAGUUUGGGCUUUCCUCUCCUCGUGGACCAAAGAAUAUGGGUUCGUUUCUCAGAGGGACCGUGCUGUGUGCAUGUUGUGUUUUGAAAGUGUUGUGUGUCGAACAUCCAGUGUUAAACGUCAUUUCGAGACAGCACGAAAAGGCUUUCGAAGAUCAGGCAGAUAGGGACGAAUCAAUCUCAUGCGCAGUGUGCAGAUAUGGGAAGCAAGCCCACACUUUAAAAGUCUUUGCCUCAGCUAAAAACAAUGCCACUGAAGCUAGCUAUAUAAUUUCUCACUGCAUAGCUAAACAUGGAAAGCCAUUCACAGACGGUGAAUACAUUAAGGAGGCCUUUCUCUCCAGCUCGGAUAGUCUUUUUGAGGGGCUGCCAAAUAAAGAGACAAUAAAAUCAAGAAUAAAAGACAUGGCCGUGUCAGCCAGAACUGUUGAGCGACGAAUUGGUGAAAUGGCAGAAAACGUAAGGGUGCAGCAAACAACUGGCAUAAAACUAGCAUUGCGCUUGAUGAAAGCAUAAAUGUGAAUGAUGCGGCACGUUUGGCAGUGAUGGCAAGAUGGCAAGCUCUGCUGUUUAAAGCCAAUGACCGACACAACUAAAGAAGAGGACAUAGCCAAGGUGUUGGUGGAGCAUUUUGAAGAGCGAGGUAUUGACUUGGGCAGGAUUUUUGCACUGACAACUGAUGGUGCCCCCGCUAUGGUUGGGAAACGGAAGGAAGCAGUCAAAUUAAUUGAAGAUAAAGUCAGUCACCCCAUCAUGAAACUUCACUGUAUAAUACAUCAAGAAAAUCUAUGUGCCAAAAUGUCUAAUUCUGAUCUCAACAGCGUCAUGGAUACAGUGGUGAAGAUCAUAAACUUUAUCAUCAAACAUUCCUCUCUAACACAUCGACAGUUUCAGUCUCUGUUAGACGAAAUGGACUGCGUGUAUAAAGAUAUCCCUCUCCACUCUGCCGUAAGGUGGCUGAGUGGCGGAAAAGUUUUGGAGCGAUUUGUUAGCUGUCUGGAUGCCAUCAAGGCCUUCCUACUUGAGAGGGCUCAAGACUACCCUGAAUUGGAAGACAAGAAGUGGAUCAUGAAGCUUAUGUUCCUCACUGACAUUACAGGACAUCUCAACGACCUAAAUCUCCGACUGCAAGAUGCAGGACAAACGGUGUUGAUGUACAAUGCUUGAGUGGCCUUUGUCAGCAAGCUAGACAUAUUUCAAAGGGAUGUUGAUACCACCACUUUUCGUUAUUUCAGACACGUAAGGGAGUUUGCCUCCAACCACACAAUUGACACCGUUGAUAUCUGCAAAUACAUGCGCCAGCUGCAGUCAGAGUUCGCAGAGUGUUUUGGGGACUUUCAGAAGUAUAGCUCAAUGUUCUCUUUCUUGAUCAAGCCUGACAGCUUUGAUGGACAUGAACUGGAUUUGGCUCUGAUAGAGUGGUUGGACACACAGGACAUGGAAAUGCAGCUGAUUGAGUUGAAGAGUUCAACGUUGUGGGUGAGCAAGUUUGCAGAGCUACGUAUACAAUUACAAAGCACAGCGCAGGGUCAAGGAGACAUCAUUUACGCCUGCUGGGCAUCUUUACCCGAAAAGUUCAACUGUUUUUGCAAUAUCACACUGGCUUUGUCAGUGUUUGGAUCAACAUAUCUGUGUGAACAGAUAUUUUCGCACAUGAAGAAUGUAUUUUGCCCCUCCCGAAGUCAUCUGACAACGGGCCAUUCGGAAGCAUGCGUCCAACUCAAAGUGACCAAUUACCAUCCCCACAUCUCGGAGCUAAGUAAGGGGAAGCAGGGCCAAGGAUCACAUUGACUGACUGACUGAUGGGCAAAACAUUUAUUUUGUAACAAGGCUACUUCAAAUUUGCAGUUUAUUGUUAAGCCACUUUAGGUAGGCUACUUGUCAAUGUUCUCUGACACUCAUUAUUUAAUUUUUUUUCUGCAGUUUUAUUAUUCAUCAGUUCCAUUUCCAGUAGGUUGCUAUGUCUUUUUAUUGUGAAUAACUUGGGCCUGUUACCUACUGCAAGAUUUUGGAUGUUAUUUUGUGAAUUUGUAUAAGCUGCUUGCAAUGUUGUUAUCCAAUGGGGGGGGGUUCUUAAACCUUGUGUGUGAGGUUAAUGGCAUAAAACAAGUGCAAUGGUGUUUUACAUUUGCUCAAUGCAUUAAAUAUCCAUAUCCGUGUAGAA